UCGUGUGAGAGAAAAACCAGAGAAUCUCUCGGAGGUGCAUCCGCCGUUAGAGAAAUUUCUUACGGUGCAUGCCCGCCUUCCUGGGCUCUGUCGUACGAGGUUGCGAAGCGCAUCGGAGCCGGUGUCCGCGCCAAUCCAAGCAUCAGAAAACAAGAAAGAGAAACUGAGAGAAAAACAAAGAGGUCAUUUGCUCUGCAUAGCUCCCGCUGACACCUGCCUUCGGACCACUGUAGUCUGCCGAUGUGGAGCCUGGAAGACCCCUGCCACUAUGAUGUGUGAGCACACCCACCAAUAAUGGCCCAUAGGAUACACAGUGAAAAUACAGCUGAGGUAGACGUGUUCGUGUACCCUGUCCAUGUCAACCUGCAGACUUUCUCCCGCAAACACAUCUGACUUUUACAAGAUCUCAGUGAUAGUGUGCAGAGAAUGAGGCUGAUGUGGAAAUCCCUGGACAAGAUGAGAUGUCUGAGGAAACGCUCCACUAUUCCUUUCCUCGGCUUCCUCAUCACCUUCCUCCUCUUUCUGAACCUCUACAUUGAAGAUGGCUAUGUGCUGGAAGGGGAUAAAAGGCAACUUAGGGAAACAUCAGUCCACCCUCCAAGCUCAGAACGAUAUGUCCACACCUUCAGAGACCUCAGUAAUUUCUCUGGAACCAUUAAUGUCACAUAUCGCUAUCUCGCUGGUACCCCACUGAACCGCAAGAAGUAUCUGACCAUUGGCUUGUCAUCUGUCAAAAGAAAAAGAGGAAACUACCUCCUGGAGACGAUCAAAUCCAUAUUUGAUCAGUCCAGUUAUGAGGAGCUGAAAGAGAUUGUAGUUGUAGUCCACCUGGCGGACUUUGACCUGGUCUGGUGUGAGAACCUGGUGCAGGAAAUCACCAGGAAGUUUGCUCACCACAUCAUAGCUGGACGUCUUUUGGUAAUCCAAGCUCCAGAGGAGUACUAUCCAUCUCUGGACGGGCUGAAAAGGAACUACAACGACCCGGAGGACAGGGUCCGUUUCCGCUCCAAGCAGAACGUGGACUACGCUUUCCUCCUCAACUUCUGCACAAACCUCUCUCACUUCUACAUGAUGUUAGAGGAUGAUGUGCGCUGCUCCAGGAACUUCCUGACAUCACUGAAGAAGGUGAUCACUUCCAGAGAAGGUUCUUACUGGGUGAUGUUGGAAUUCUCCAAGCUGGGCUACAUCGGGAAGCUGUAUCACUCCAGAGACCUGCCACGCCUGGCUCAUUUCCUCCUCAUGUUCUACCAGGAAAUGCCCUGCGACUGGCUCCUCAUCCACUUCCGAGGUCUCCUGGCACAGAAGGACGUGAUCCGCUUCAAGCCUUCACUGUUCCAGCACAUGGGCUACUAUUCCUCUUACAAAGGUGCAGAGAACAAGCUGAAGGAUGAUGACUUUGAGGAAGACUCCAUAGACAUUCCUGACAACCCCCCUGCCAGCCUUUACACAAACAUCAAUGUCUUUGAAAGCUAUGACGCCACAAAGGCUUACAGCACGGUGGACGAAUACUUUUGGGGGAAACCUCCCUCCACUGGAGAUUUCUUCAUCAUAGUCUUUAACAAAUCUACAAAAAUUAGUAAAAUUAAGAUUGUUACUGGGUCUGAUGACCGGCAGAAUGACAUUCUUCAUCACGGAGCUCUGGAAGUCGGAGAGAAAUUAGUUGGGACUAAAAAAGGGAAACAGUGUUCCUCUUAUAUCACGUUAGGGGAGUUUAAAAAUGGCAACAUUGAGGUUCAUGAUGUAGACCACAAAAUUUCCUUUGACAUUGAGUGCGUACGCAUUGUGGUCACAGCCAGCCAGAAAGAAUGGCUUAUUAUUAGAAGUAUAAGUUUAUGGACUACACAACCCCCCAGCCAAUGAUGACUCUACACAAAGACUUUUAAUAUGUCAUAGAGGCAAAGGUUUUUAUUAUUAUUUAGUAAUGUAUGUAUUUCCAGAUUUAUUUAUUCAUUUUAUAUGUAUUUAUUGAUACUCGUUUUGAUUGCCAAAUCAAUCUAUAGUUUUUUACCUGCAAGUUGUAACCUUAGUGGAGCAUCUUCACAGUCAUUCUCAAGGACUGUUCAGCUGACCUCAAAGUAUUCAUUAACGUGUUUAAAUGUUACAGGAGUCUAUCCAUUUCAGCUUUUGAUAGCCAUCCUUAACAUACGGCUGGGUGAUAUUUCAGUAUCAUUUUUUAGCAGCUUUAAGUAAUAUCAUGUUAUGAUUGUUGCAUUAUUUUUACAAUUCUUCUCUCCCAAAAGAGAAUACGGUUUACAGUUUCAGUAUUUUUGUUUCUGUAAGAAAAUCUCAUGAAAAGACCAAAACCUACUCACUAGUACUUUCUGUCUCCAAUCUGAUGUACAGCAUGAUAUUUCUCAGUGUUGUUAAGCUUAAUUAUUGCCCCAAAUACUUCUGCCCUGUUGUCAUUAACGCUCGCUUAAGCACUAAAUCCAAAAUAAUGUCCCCAAAAUUCACUGUUUGAGUAACAUUUGCUUACAGCACCCAGCAGUAACAGUAAUGGGCUUCUGGCAGAUUGCCUCUGAUUUUGAAAUUUCGGAUCCUUUUGAGAGACUUGAAAGUGUAGUUAUUAGAAGUUCUAGAUUGCACAUUUAAUCUGCUAAAAAUAACUGCGAAAGACAAGCACUGCAUUGAACACCAUCAAGGUCAUAAACGCAUGAUUGUGCGUACAUUUUUUGUUUCAUUCAUAUUUGAUAUAUGUCAGUGUCAGAAACUGUUGAGAUGCUAUUAUGAUCGGUCGUUACACCCAGCCAUCCCAUAAUGAUAAUAAUAAUUAGAGAUGAAAAUAACUAUAAAUUUUUUAAGAAUGUUUUUGAAAGCUUUUCAGAGAGGUGCUUCAUGUGAGUGAUGAACACAGCAGUGUUCUGCUGAUUUACUGCAGUUUCUUCUCAAAGUAUUAUGAAUGACUAAUUAUCAUUAUCAUUGAAG